UCCUAGCAGUACUUUUGUUCUUUGGCAUUCGUCACUGUAAUAACAAUAAUAACAAGAUGGAUAACGAAUACGAUAAGAUUCAAGGCCAGAUAGUUUUGGAUUGUUUUUUAAAUGUCAGUAAACGGAGACCUGAACCAGAAGAUAAUGGUAACGAAGAAUUUGAAGCAGCUGAGCAUGAAAAUAUUGGAAACAAUAUUAAACUACGUUUUCCAAAGUCUUCUUUAGAAGAGUUUACGGAAGUAGAAGGAAGUAAGAAAGCACUGACUCUUCGCAAUGGAGUGAAGCUUACGUACGGUCAAAUAAUUGCAUUAGCAGGUGACUUCUAUGGUAUACCAGAGCAGCCAAUAGUGGACCCUAAAGAAGAUAAACGUCACAAUCCUGAUGGUCUUCAUCACCGUUUCAUUGCCGCGUACAACACACUUGCAGGUAGAGAUUACGAAGAUAUCAAAAAGGAGCUACAACAAAUAUUGGAGAUAAUGAAAGAUGAGAAAGAUAAAGUUGAAAACUCGCUUGUCGAAAAAUGGGAUGAAGUUCUUGGUGGAAAAUGGAUUUUCGGAGUCCCCGUCAUCCUUGGACGAAUGAUGAAGCUCGCAAGCAACAAUCACGACCAUUUUCUUCCAUAUUCAAAAGAUGCAUAUUUGGCAGGUCACGAGCUUGCUCUAUCAAAAGCAAAAGAAGCAAGUAAAGCAGAGCUGUAUGAGAUGAAAAUAGCACUUUUAGAAGAAGCUUAUUCCAUCGAUGCGUUUGCUUGUCAUUUUCUAACGGAUAGCUUUUCCAGUGGCCAUAUACGAGUACCAAGAAAAGAGUUGCACAACGAGGUUACACCAUCCAAAGUUGGAGAUUAUCUGUGUAAAUUCAUGCACGACGAAGACAAUGAGUUCGGCAUCAACGUAAGGAACAAAAAUGGAAUUAAGUGGAAGGCCUAUGGUGAUGGAAUGUUGCUGAAUGAUGAAAGCAAAGAAAACAAGGCAAUUGCCAUCGAAGCUGUUCAGACUUCUGUCAAUCACGUUUAUCAAGCCUUUCAUCAUCCUGAAAAUGUAGGAGACUCAAGUAUAGUGACUGAUUACAUUCCAUUUGUUGAUAAAGACGAGGAAAACAUACCAAUGUUUCAGGUCAAAGAAGGCAAGCUAUUACGAAGGGCUGACCUUGAAAACACAUCUGAUCCAAAUACAGUCAACGAUUGGUAUGGAUGGACGACGGUAGCUCAACUGCGAUCGUACAAUCCAAAUGGUCUGGCUGCUGAAAAUUGUCGAAGUUGCGGCCAUAGCUUAAAUCCUGAAAUUUCUCAAUAAUCAACAUUUGGUUGCUAUAUAUUUAGGGUUUUAUUAGGUGGUUACUAGGUAUGAACGGUUAAAUAGCAGGUUACUAAGUUACAUUAUUUUGUAUUCACAAUCUUUUUUGACAUAUAUGACAAAGAAAUCAACUGAAAA